AUGUCUCCAUCGCUGGUUGACCUCCCUGCCACCUCCCCCAAAUCCACUCUGACUACAGCCCUUCCUAAUCCCUCUCUACAAGUCACUGCAGACCACAACCUCAAGCUCGUCGAGGCUCCUGUUUACGCGCCCCAGAGAGGCCAAGUUCUCCUUCAAAUCAAAGCAACGGGAAUCUGUGGAUCCGACCUUCACUUUUGGAAGUCCGGUCGCAUCGGUCAACUCGUCUUUGAAGAUGACUGCAUCAUCGGACAUGAAGCGGCGGGUGUAGUGUUGAAAUGCGGCGAGGGAGUCACCAAUUUACAGCCCGGUUGGUCCUGUGACCGAGUGGCCGUGGAACCGGGAGUUCCUUGCGAGAACUGCUUCCUCUGCGACGAUGGACGGUACAACCUCUGCGAGGACGUUCAGUUCGCCGGUGUGUAUCCAUACGCCGGUACAAUCCAACGAUACAAAGUCCACCCCGCCAAAUGGCUUCACAAACUACCAGACAACGUGACAUACGAAGAAGGCGCCCUCCUCGAGCCGCUGUCCGUCGUCAUGCGAGGCAUGCAAGUCGCUCGUCUCCAGCUCGGUCGUGGCGCCGUCAUCUGCGGUGCCGGUCCCAUUGGACUGAUUGCUCUGGCGGCCGCACGAGCCUCCGGUGCACAUCCGAUCGUGAUCACCGACCUCGAUGCUGGUAGAUUAGACUUCGCCAAGCGGUUCGUGCCAAGUUGUGUCACAUACCAAGUCGAUCGGUCAUUGGACGCGGAGGGAAACGCCAAAGCCAUUCGGGCGCUGUUUGGAUCGCAGGAAUACUUUGCGCCGGAGACGAUACUGGAGUGUACAGGUGUGGAAAGUAGUGUCUGCACGGCGCUGUAUACUGCUCGUCGAGGAGGCGACGUCGUGGUGAUCGGCGUGGGCAAGUCCGUGAUGAACAAUUUGCCUUUCAUGCACAUUUCCAUGGCCGAGAUCGACUUGCGUUUCAUUAACAGAUAUCGUGAUACAUGGGCUCCCGGUAUUGCGUGUCUGUCCGGCGGAAUCUUAGAUCUCAAGCCAUUGGUGUCGCAUACUUUCCCGUUGGAAAAAGCGAUGGACGCGUUGCAGCUAUGCGCGAACCACAACGAGUCCAGCAUUAAAGUUACCGUGGUUGAUGCAGUAGACGCCACUCGAGAGAAGCUUGAGCCAUAG